GUUGUUCCAUAGUACAAUCUCUGGAUCAUUCAAGAAGAUAAUUAAAUGUUCCAGAGAAAGACAAAAGAAACUAGAAACAUCCGCCUCGUUUUGGUCAUCACUCAUCAUUCAUCUUCUCCUUUUAUUGUUUAUAUAACAAUCUCGAACAAAUUAGCACAAACAUCAAAAUACCAAAUCUUUAUCUCAGAGAAUCUUUGACGCAUAAUCUCGAAGAAGAACAAAGGCCUUGGCUUUGAUCUUCUAAAUGGCAUCAUCAUCAUCAUCAUCAUCAGCUUUGUCUCUCCCUCUCUCUAACAUCCCAAACUGUAAUAACAAGUCCCAAGAGUUUCCAAAACCGACCCAUUUAUUGAAAUCCAGCCACAGGCCUAAGGCCCCUCUUCACAGAACCCAAAAUUUAGACCAUAAACUCACCAAGAGAGCACUAUUGAGUUUGACUGCCUUGGGAUUUACGUCAUCUCUAACAACUUCUCUUGCUCACCCCGCAAAAGCUGAACCAGAAGCUCCCAUCGAAGCCACUUCCAAUAGAAUGUCAUACUCGAGGUUCCUGCGCCAUCUGGAAGAGAAUGAAGUGAAGAAAGUUGACUUGUUCGAGAACGGGACUGUUGCCAUCGCAGAGAUCUCCAAUCCAGCAUUAAGAAAGAUUCAGAGGGUUAGGAUUAACCUUCCCGGAUUACCGGUCGAUCUGAUCAGGAAGAUGAGGGAGAAGAACGUCGAUUUCGCUGCUCAUCCCAUGGAUGUGAAUUGGGGAGCUUUCUUGCUCGACUUCUUGGGGAAUCUCGGGUUUCCUUUGCUCUUACUUGGCUCUCUGCUUUUAACAUCUUCUUUUAAUAGAAACCCUGCUAGACCCAACUUGCCUUUUGGUCUUGGAAGGAACAAAGCUAGGUUUGAGAUGGAACCAAACACAGGGAUAACGUUCGAGGAUGUAGCAGGAGUAGACGAAGCCAAGCAAGACUUUGAAGAGAUAGUUGAGUUCUUGAAAACCCCAGAAAAAUUCUCAGCCUUGGGGGCUAAAAUCCCAAAAGGCAUCUUGUUGACCGGACCGCCGGGAACCGGAAAAACUCUUCUGGCCAAGGCUAUAGCCGGAGAAGCCGGCGUUCCGUUUUUCUCAUUGUCGGGCUCGGAGUUCAUAGAGAUGUUCGUUGGUGUAGGAGCUUCUAGGGUUAGAGACUUGUUCAAUAAGGCAAAGGCUAAUUCACCUUGUUUAGUGUUCAUUGAUGAGAUCGAUGCUGUUGGGAGGAUGAGAGGAACCGGUUUAGGAGGAGGAAACGACGAACGUGAGCAGACGCUAAACCAGAUUUUAACCGAAAUGGACGGGUUUACGGGGAAUACUGGAGUGCUUGUGAUCGCUGCAACAAACCGGCCGGAGAUUCUAGACUCUGCUUUGAUCCGAGCAGGAAGAUUCGAUAGACAGGUAUGUUUGGUUAAGGCUUGACAUACAAAAUCUAGCAAACAAGACCGAUCUGGUAAUAAUAUAAUGGUGGUUUAAUUUGAACAGGUUUUCGUUGGUUUACCGGAUAUCAGAGGACGAGAGGAGAUACUGAAAGUUCACAGCAAAAGCAAGAAACUUGACAAUGAAGUGCGUUUGAGCGUGAUCGCCAUGAGAACUCCGGGUUUCAGCGGAGCAGACCUGGCGAAUCUUAUGAACGAAGCCGCGAUUCUCGCCGGAAGAAGAGGAAAAGACAAAAUUACCCUCGAAGAGAUUGACGACUCGAUCGAUCGGAUCGUCGCCGGAAUGGAAGGGACGAAGAUGAUCGAUGGUAAAAGCAAAGCGAUUGUAGCGUACCACGAAGUCGGACACGCAGUCUGUGCGACAUUGACGGUGGGUCACGACCCGGUUCAGAAAGUAACGUUGAUUCCUAGAGGUCAAGCACGUGGUCUCACGUGGUUCAGACCGGGAGAAGAUCCGACAUUGGUUUCUAAACAGCAACUGUUCGCUAGAAUCGUCGGGGGACUCGGAGGCAGAGCCGCCGAGGAUGUGAUUUUCGGAGAGCCGGAAAUAACCGCCGGAGCCGCCGGAGAUAUCCAGCAAAUCACCCAGAUCGCAAGACAGAUGGUGACGAUGUUUGGUAUGUCGGAGAUUGGUCCGUGGGCUCUAACCGACCCAGCGGCUAAGCAAAGCGACGUCGUUCUUAGGAUGCUCGCGAGAAACCCCUUGUCCGAGAAACUCGCGGAGGAAAUUGAUUCGUGCGUGAGGAAAAUAAUCGGUAACGCUUACGAGAUCGCGAAGAACCACGUGAGGAAUAACAGAGAAGCCAUAGACAAGCUUGUUGAUGUUUUGUUGGACAAGGAAACCUUAACCGGAGACGAAUUUCGAGCGAUUUUGUCUGAGUACACUGAUAAACCUUUAAAUACCGAGGAUAAAGCUCGAAUCAAAGACUUGAUUAGUGUGUAAUACAAAUC